GUUGAGGGAAGAGACCAAGCGGGGAGGAGACGUGUCUGGAUCGAGCGCAAGACUGGAGCUCGCUGCUCUUGUGAGAGUUAAACUGAAAGUAAAAUGCCUGAGGUCUGAUGACUGAUGUUCCAGCCCCUCCCUCCCUCUGCUUGAGAUGAUCACCUGUAGAUGAGAGAGGGACUGGGGGGUCGGCACUGCACACACCGAGCCAGUCCUGCUGGGCUAGGAUCCCGGAGCCGGGACUGAGACAAUGGAGUUGCCUCUGGCCGGAGCUCCCUCUCGCUAACCCGGGCCAGCGAGUGCCGAAGCCCGGGCCGGUUCUACCACCGCGUCGCGUCUCUCCUCUCCAAAGAUUUUACUUCCUUUCCCUCAACCUGCCAUGCCUCGCAAAAAGAGUUCCCACCCGAGCCAGAGCAGCAUCGAACUGCCGAAUGGAUCCCCGAAGUCUCCCCUGCACCGCUCCGGGUCCAGCAGCGAGAUCCACGACCUGACCUACAAGGUGAUGUUAAUUGGAGACUCUGGUGUGGGCAAGACCUGCUUCCUGGUCCAGUUCAAAGAUCACGCCUUUCUAGCAGGGAGCUACAUUGCCACUGUCGGAAUAGACUUCAGGAAUAAGGUGGUGGUUGUGGAUGGGGUCAAGGUCAAGUUACAGAUCUGGGACACGGCGGGGCAGGAACGAUUCCGGAGUGUCACCCACGCGUAUUACCGGGAUGCACAAGCCCUCCUGCUGCUGUACGACAUCACGAGCAAAUCAUCGUUUGACAACAUUAGGGCCUGGUUAACAGAAGUACAUGAAUAUGCACAGCAGGAUGUGGUCAUCAUGUUGCUAGGUAACAAGGCCGACAUAACCAGUGAGAGGGCCAUCAAGAGGGAAGAAGGAGAGAAACUGGCCAGGGAGUACGGCGUUCCUUUCAUAGAGACCAGUGCCAAAACUGGCAUCAAUGUUGAACUCGCGUUCCUUGCUGUAGCAAAGGAACUGAAACACAGAUCCGUCAAUCAACCCAAUGAACCCAAAUUCCAAAUCCAUGAGUACAUUGAAUCUCAGAGGGAAAAGUCCAGAUGUUGCGGGUUUGAAUAAGUGGCUGCUCUGGUUGGAGGACUCAGGGUGUGGCGCAGUAAUCGGCUUCACUGACUGCCUGUGAAACAUGCACCAAUUGUACACCGGCAUUCACCCUCAGCUUGGUGUUUAGCUUAACUGCCCUGUACCCAUUCAUGCCUUACCCAUUCUAUAUUACCUCCAUAUUCACUCAGUGCCCAUCCCAUGUCCUGAACCAUUUUGUCUUCCUUCUGCACCAACCUCAUAACCAUCCCAAUCCUUGCUUAUCCAGUCCCUGCCCCACACUCCCCACCUUUACGUUCACUGACCUAAAAAAGGUCCCCCGUCUGGCAACUCAUUGUUCCCAACCCACCUUGACAUUCCUCCUCCCCACCUGGAUAAAUCCUUCAGCUCUAACAACCAAGACACAACUUCCCUUGGAUUCUAACCCCUUGCUCUUCCCUAUUUUGUUUUACCGCUGUAGUCGCCCAAACCCUGAACUCUGGAAUUCUCACCCUCUCCACGGUUGACCCCUCUCUGCCCAGGGAACCAUUGGGAACUGGAGAAAGGCUGGGAAUUUUCAGGUCUGUGCCAACCGACCACUCCACAUCCCGCUGUUGUGGUCAGAUCCUUGACCCAUCACCCCAGAAACUCCAAGCUGUUGACGGAUUCAGCUGAUGGAUUCCCACCAAAGCUACUGGAAACCACAGGAUCCUUCAACCUGUUGUUGGCACCAACUCCUCUCCUGGGUUGGAGGAAUAAUCAUCUGCUGAUCUCAAGCAUGAGAACAACCCAUUCAGUGGUGCACAGGGAAGGAUAGACUGGUCCAAGACAGGCUGGGUUGCUGGCUCACCAGAAUAAUAGUGGAGACAAAGGGUUAAUUAUGAAAAUAGAUUGCAUCAAACGGGCUUGCACUUUGCUGAGUACAAAACAUCAGAAACUAACUGAGAGAUUUAAGAUCAUUAAAGGGUAGAUUUGGAUCAAGUCGUGGUUAGCAACUACUUCGUCACACAGAGGGAAGCGGAAUUCCAGAAUUCUGUCUCUCCCAAAGAUGGGAAUCAGCUGGGAAAAAAAAACAAAUCUCAGUUUUGAAAUUUGGUUGUUGUUGGAGAAGGGCAUUCAGAGUUCUGAAAACAAAAUGGGUUUCACGGACAUAACACGCACGUCAGCUAUUUGAAAGGCAGAACAGUCUUGAGGGGCCGAAUGGCCUAUCUAACCAGUCAGUACGGGUCCAGCGUCAUCUGCAGCCAGCUUCGGGUAUGCGCACAGCAUGAGGCAGUCCCUUCAACAACACACCUGGCCAGAUGUGGUCAGCUGGAGUUUCAAACCUCAAGUGCCCCGGCCUCCCCCUCCGCCUCACAUAUAGAACAGUGCCCACCAGGCCCCUAGCGCAGCUGCUGUUCAACCACCGUUCACCCCUUCCCCAGUUUCAAUGCCCUUCUUUGUCCCCUGCUCGGCAACAACGUUUAUUCCAUCUCCUGCACAGCCUCCAAUUAUAUAAACAAUGUCCAGCUUCACCUCCUUACCAGGGGGCAGACUCCCCACGCACCACCUUGCUCCAAUCUCUCCCUCACGCUGCAAUGUAUACUUCUGCUAUUAAGCAUGAUUUUCAAUAAAAGUUUCAUCCCAUUGGUCA